AUGAUUUUAAUUAUUACAGUUAGUAUCAUAUUAAACACGUUAUUUUGUUGCUUCGCCGAUUUAGUAGAAACGUAUGAUAACGCGACACAAAAAACGUUUGUUUACAAUAUAUAUAAUUAUGAUACUUUGAUUGAGAUAUCAGUAAUUAACUCAACAACACAUAUACUUGAUUUUUAUGAGGAAAAUGAUUUGUACUCAGGUUAUCCCACCCGAGUGCAUGUUGGGACCAAUGACUCCAUUAGGGGUGACAAUCCUUUAUUUGUGACUGCCGCACAGCAAAAAAGCAUUUCAUCAUGGGAGUUACCAUUGACUCUGACAACAAACCAUGGAAAUUUAGAGUUUGAUGACAUGGCUAGAACCCUUUGUCCUCAUGAUGCUGGUCCAAAUAUUACAUCACAAAGUCGACCAACUUUGACGCUAGCCACCAGUAGCCCUAAGGAGAUCAAUGUGAAAAUAAAACUUCGUAGAGUGAAUGAUUUCUACCUAGAAAUAAAUAAGGAUGUCCCCCUUAAUGUGACUCCUAGUAGUCCAAAAUAUUAUUAUUUCUCUUUUGAUAAAGACCCAUGGAAUGUUUCUAGUCUACAAAAAGGCUUUUUACCGAGAUUCAACUACACAAUACCCAAAAGUGUACUAUUGACAAUUGACUCAGAAGAUGACGUGUGUGCUGUAGUCUCCAUACAAAAUAAUUCGUGCCCAAUUUUUGACAACGAAAAGGACGUUAUGUACCAGGGUUACCACUUUACCAUGACCACAAGGGGUGGUAUUACUGUGACGCAAUCGAUGUUUCCCAACGGUUUUUACGUGGUGUUCAUUGUGAAAGAGAGCGACGAGGAAUGUACUGGUGUGAGCGAGAUAGAUGACGUCACUCUCUUCCGACCUAAGGGCAGGGUGAAGACAUUUAGGCUUAAAGUUAUCGCAGCUGCUUCGACAAGUGAAUUCCUACUUGGCGCAUUGGCCUCUCUCGCUCUGAUACUCUUGGUGACUGCGCUCGCGCCGCUGGGGAACUUAUUAACGUGUCGACAUGAAGAGUUGAUACUAAUCGAAGAAACUGCCGUGCCUUCCACGUCUCGCGAGAGCGAUGAAGCAGAACCGAUGGUGAGGAACAGUGAUGAUUCUGAAUCUGACAUAGAUGUAGAAGUGAAGUCUCUGCCGAUGCCGCUUAAUGUGGCUGGUCUCAGCCGGCGAAGUGGUACUCACAGUAACAGGUCUAACAGAUAUUUUUGGAGUGCGCUGACCGUGGCUGUCGUGUACGCGUUACCGGUUGUCCAGUUGCUGUCUACCUAUCAAAGGAUGGUGUUCUCAACGGGAGACCAAGACGUGUGUUACUACAACUUCUUGUGCGCCCACCCCCUGGGACCGCUGGCUGAUUUCAAUCAUGUCUACUCCAAUUUGGGAUACAUCAUUUUGGGCAUAGCUUUCAUGGUACAGGCGAGAUGCCGACAUGCGAAGGUUGGGGAAAGUCAGGAGUUGGGUAUACCUCAGCAUUUGGGCCUGUUCUACUCCAUGGGUCUGGCGCUCGCUAUGGAAGGUCUUCUAUCGGCCUGCUAUCAUCUCUGCCCCAAUAAAAUGAAUUUCCAGUUUGACUCGUCCUUCAUGUACGUAAUAGCUGUGCUAUGUAUAGUGAAACUCUACCAGUCGCGACAUCCGGACGUCAAUGCCAGUGCGCACGCUACUUUUAUGCUACUUGCGCUACUCAUGGCUAUUGGUUUCUUCGGUAUAAUGUACCCGAGCGUGUACUUCUGGGUGUUCUUCACGAUCAUGCAUCUGUUCGUGUGUUUUGUCUUCACUUUCAAGAUAUACUAUGUUGGCAGGUUUAAAAUGGAGCGUACAAUCGUGCCAGGAGCUUGGCGCAGUAUCAGACAGCACGGCUGGUCCGCUUUCAAACCGAACUACACUGCGCGUGCGGUUCUACUCGCCAUAGCCAAUAUGGCGAACAUCGCUCUAGCUGCUUAUGGCCUUUACGAGCACAACAAAGAUUUCGCUCGUCACUUACUAGCGAUUCUAAUGGGCAACGCGAUUCUAUAUAACUUCGGUUAUGUGGUUAUGAAGCUGGUGCAUAGGGAGCACAUACCGGCUGCAGCUUGGCUGUGGCUUGGCUUGGCUCACGUGGUGUGGGGCGUGGCUGCGUACCUUUUCUUAAGUUCGCGGACAAAGUGGUCGCAAACGCCAGCGCAGUCUCGUCAACACAACGCCUUGUGCGACGCAAUGGGCGUGUUCGAUACACACGACCUCUGGCACCUUGCCUCGGCAGCAGCCAUGUUCUUCUCAUUCAACGCACUACUUAUUUUAGACGAGCCACUAGACAAAACGCCAAGGAACCUCAUACCAGUGUUUUAG